GUAAAACAGAAAAGUUGCGUACAUUCUUUACAAUUGUCAAAAUGAGUUUAAUUAUAAAAUACGGAUUAAAUAAUUUCAGUCUUGAAUAUUUAUAAUACGGAACAUAUUAUUGUCUGGAAGUUAAUUCCCAAUCGGACAGAUGGACAGAGAGAAUCAGAGAGUUAUGUCCCUUCGUUUGUCUCGGGUGAUGGAAGACAUCGGGGUCAUUCGGUACAUUAUUGCCAGGAGGAGGAGGACGUGGCUGGUGAUAGAGAAACAAAGGGAAGUACUUAACAUGAUGAUUGGAACUAACCAUUUGUGUUACCAUUUUGGAAGCCAGAGUGAGGGAAAUACAACGUCUGGGAUGGAUUCUGACAUAGAUGUAUUGCUCUGCAACUUUUGGGUUCACGUAAUAUUAAAAUGGAGUGACUGGAAACAGGGAAAUCAUAAUUUGUUAGUGAUAAAGAAUGCGUAUUCCCCACCCCAGCACUGCUUGCUGCAGAUAGUGAGACACGACCUUCCAUUACCACGGACGAAGGUAGAAUUUCCCAGUGAUGUGGUAGACAAUGAGGGCAGAGUGCUUCAUACAAACACUCAGGCUGAAUGCAUUCAGGCUAUAAGGGAUGUUAAAGCAGUGAGUGUAAUAGUGCACCAUGGUCCAUCCAAGAGCUGGGAUGAAAAUAAUGAUUUGGUUUUCGGCUUCCAUUGCGCCAGUCUGCCACGUGAGUGUCGAUUUAUGUUCAACAGACCACGACCUGGACACUGGCCUAGAGCCGACACAUUGGCUACGGCCAGACAGACUGGAGUAUUUCUGGUACCACAACGAUACAGCGAGUCUCAAUCAAGACCAACAAGGUGUCGCUCAACUGCACUCCAUACAACCCUGAACGACCCGUAUUAUCCUCAAUCAAAGUGGCAAUGGAGAUUUUCUACGUCUAUGAUAGAAAGAUGGCUUAUGUUUGACAUGAACACUCAACAACACAAAACAUUUGUGUUCCUUAAAACACUACGAAAACAGUUCUUCAAACCAGUAGUUGGAGAUCGUCUAAGCACCUUCCAUUUGAAAACUACCAUGUUAUAUACAAUAGAGACUUACCCACCAGAGAUAUGGAGGGACGACAACCUUGUACAGUGUGUGAUUUACUGUCUGACCACACUUCUUAGGUGUCUGAAAAUCAAGUAUUGUCCUCACUACACUAUAUAUGGGGUAAAUCUGUUCACUGGAAAGCUAUUCAAACAUGAACAAGCUGUGAUAAGAAACAUGAUUUUGAAAAUGAUAGUGACAAUAUGAAUUGUGUAUUCAGUAUACAGAUUGAUGAAAUAGGAAGAAGAAUGAGUGCACAAGAAAACUGUGUGAGUUUGCAACCGAUAAAAACAAGACGCACAAAUAACACACUUAUAAGUACAUUUCUUGUUCAAGCUUAUAAACAACAAGCGAAGUACUUGAAUGAAAUAAUACUAAAUGAAAGUGACAAGGUUGAUUAUGUUUUGCUUCUUAUCCAACACAUAGCAAUGCUUACCAGAACAUAUGAUCAAGGAACCAGUAUAGAACAGGAAGCAGCUUCGUUGUUGAAACCACAACUGUGCGGAACACUUGCCUCUGUACUGGCCUCUAGAACAAUCUCUCAGAGUCAACCAGUUACACCAGAAAUUCUCAACAUGUAUGAAAUGUCCUUUGAUUCUGACCUUCUGUCCAACAGACUGAAGUUUGCCUCCAUGUUAUACUGCAAAGGGCAGUAUAAGGUAGCAAGAAACUGUCUGACAUUUUGUGAAGGCCUGCUAGGUCCUGAUGUGUGGCAAUGCUGUUUUUGUCAAGGCAGGCUGCACGACGAUCCCAGUAGAGAGUUUCAAGAAAAAACAUCAUAUAAAUCAAACAAGGAAAUGUUGAAGCAUCAUUCAACAUGCUGUGUGUCCUUUUCACGAAAUGAACUAUGUUGUGUGCCAUUGUUUCUGGUGUAUGAGAUGUUUAGAACUGUCGGAAAUGAAGACAGACAAGAACGACGCCCAUUUUUUCUAUAUAAAUGGAUUGACUACAUUGUGAUUGACUGUGUCCCAUUUCUCUACUACUUGCAGUAUCUCACAUACAGACAACUGAACAAGCCUGACAGACAGGAGGCAGCGCGUGAUCAUCUGGAACAUUAUGUAGUUGAUGAAAGUGAAUGCCAUGGCCACAUAGACACAGCCUUUAACAUGUUUGACCACUGUUAUGAACUGGAUAACAGGUUUGACCUGGCUUGGCUCUGCUACCAAACAUCUCUUGGUCUCAACCCCAGGAACAAUGCUGCUUACUGGCAUGAAAGUAGACUUCUGAACUGAAACGUCUAAUAUUCAAGAACAACAUGUGUUGUCUCUCAGCUCUAAGACUCUAGAUCGUACAAAAAAUAAAUGACACACAUAAUUAUUAUAUGCUUUGUCAACUGUUACCCAUAACACAUAUUGAAUUUAAUAACCAUGAUCUAUAAUGUUUUCAAUCUUUGUAAAAUAUUUCUAAAUAAAUCGAUCAUUAUUAAUUGAAUAAUAUAAGUGUUUGGAUCAUUUUCGUUAAUAAAAGUGUUUACCUGAUGUAUGCAUGUACGUAUAUUAACUGUUUUGUGAUAUGAUGUUCUACUUUAAGAAAGAUCAUGAACUGCAUCUUUAAGGGUGUUUAGAAGUUAUG